CACAGGCAGUCCACCCAGUUUUCUCUCUCUGAGAGAGGAGUGUUGUCGGUGAAACCAUUUGCUAAACUACUUUAAACAUCGUUCUUUCACAAUCAUACUUCCUGGAUGGUUGACACUCUAGGAACUUUGUGAAUCCGAACCACCAAGAACUGUAUUCGUGUUCCGUUUGAGGUGCGGUUAGUAGUGAUCGGGGAAGCGAUGGCUGGCGAGGACGGUGGCGACCUAAUGCCGCCAGGUGACGGUAACAAGUGCGUCUUCUGCAGGCUCUCCAGUAGAGCCCACUCCUGGAGGUCCCAGGUGGUGUCGAUGACCUUCCAAGACGUCGCUGUCGGGGUUCGCACCCUCGGUGGGACCGUUGUCGAACACUCUGUUAAUAUUUACCACAGAGGGGUGACCUAUUCCCGGGACUUCUACUCGUGGGUCAUGCCUACCUUCAGGGAUGGCCUGCAAGGGACCAGGCAACUCACGAUAGAGUCUACCAGAGAUUUAGUGGACGUUUUCAAAGACUACGCCGUCGUUUUCUUCCUAUACGGCUUGGUCGCUGUGCUGUUCGUCACCCUCAUGUUCAUGCCCCGAUCGCCCGACGAAGACCUUCAAGUCUAUGUGUUGGCGAUGCUCUUCCCCAUUAUCUUCUUCUGGCUGCCUUGCUACUGCUGGAGGAAUGGUCUUUUCGAUCUGUUCAAGAGCGGUUCAACUCAGGAUGGCGAAUCCUGUCCUCAUCAGACUGUGACCGACAAGCCUCCCGAGUACGAGUCCUUGGUGUUCGCAUCGGCAGGUCCUGUAACAUCCUGCGCCGCUCCUCCAACGUACGAAGAAGCAAUCCCCGUCGCUGAUGAGACCCGAAUUCUACCGCCUGAAUACAGCAGGUGUACCAACAUCGCAGUAUCCUUAUGUCCAGUACACCAACAUUCCACCUCUAGACACCCAGGUGUGGUACAGCAGGAAACACGGACCCACAGGAGCAAGAGUUUAGGGGAUCUCUGUGACCAUGACAGUGAACUUCUCCUUGCCUAGACUUCUUUUUUUAUAAAAUAAAGGAGACUUCAGUCUCCUUUUAGUCUUAUUCUGCCUUUCCCAUGGGUCAUAGGCGUUGUGCAAGGAUCUUGUCAAAUGUACUGAAGGGAUGUUCGGGUUAGCAGUACCAAUAAUAAUAUCCCGGCCAACGCAGGAUAUAAAAUAACGCUAUUAUUUCCAACCUUAAAAUACAAGAUGGCAGGUCAUCGGCUUUCUUAUAUAACACCGAUAGUUAUUAAUUGAUUGAAAAGUACUGAUCGGGAUUGCGAGUAUUUAGUUUUUGGUAAAUGUACAACUUAACCAACAUGCCCUAGGUAAAUUGCUUAUAUUUAAUUUUGAAGAAGAUGCUUUAAUGCGUAUGUGUUGAAAUAUGACUAGGUACAACGUAAUCCAUCAUGCAAAUCAUUCCAUCUCCAAUUGUGUUUGUUUUAAAAGUCAUAGUUUGUAAUAAAUGUUGUAUACUAAAGUUUGUUAUGAAGAAUGAACCAUAAUUAUGUGAUGACAGAAUUGGGCUGUGUUAUUUAUACUAGUUAAGUCUGUUGAUCUACAGUAGGCAUCACCAGAGAGUGCAGUUGAGGGAGGAGCCUAUUUGACGCGUGACCUUGGAGCAGCCAACGAGGACUGAGCGACGUUGCCAAACUUGUUCCUCGCUAAACCCGCAGCGCUCCGUUCCGGGCGGCAGUUGACGUAUUGAGUAGCAACAUCGCGCGGGCCUGUCCAAAUUAUUGCUCACCACCAACUGCACUCUUUUGUGGCUCCUACUAUAGUAAAUUAAUGCAUCAUUUUGAAAAGAUGUAGGCCUAAUACAGUUAUAACACAUCUUUAUCAGUUGUAAUAUAAAGUAGAAAAUGUUUUGAAGAUGCAGCAUAUAUGUAAUACACAAGUAUAUAAAUAUACGAGUUUAAAAGAUUAUUAUAUAAUAUGUUGUUUCAUAAUCAUUAUUGAAAUGUUACAAUUCAAUUCCAAAAUAUUCAAACUAUAACAAAUAGAAGAUAAACAUUGUAAAAAUAAUAAUAUUACAUGAAUUUAUGUUAUAUACUGUAAAUGUGUUUCUCAGGGAAACAUUUAGAAAGUGUAAUAAAGAUGGCAGGCAACUAACUACAGUGUUCUUUACAAUUUCAAUUGGUCUUAAAUAUUUUUCAAAAUCUUUGAGGGGUUUCUGCAUCCAUUUUGGAGUUUCCAACAUUCUUAUCAAUACAUAUCUCAGCUGUAAAUGUGGUGAUUUUUAUGGCAAUUCUAAAAUAUACCAUAAUUAUACAUUGUAUCUAUAGUGUAAAAAUGUAUGUUGAGUUCGCUGUCUAGUAAUGUUUGAAACUGGAAUUAGCGCAACUUUGUGAACAUGUAUAACUAGCAUUGAAACAUAUCAGAAGAAGAAUAAAUUACUACAAUAAAAAUCUUUAUUUGCAUAAA